AUGAACGAGACUUCAUCGGAUGAUGAUCCUGGGAAGAUUCUAAAAUGGUUUCCAGGGACUGCUGAGCAAGAACAGCGAUUUCGAAAAUGGAUCGAAGAAACCGAUGAACCUCUCUUGUUUCAAAAUGUUUCCCGGUGGUUGUGGGAAAAUGCCGAUACUAUUUUUGACGACCUCUACGACGAGGAUGGUAUUCAAGAUAUUUUAAAUAACAUGGCCAAAGAUUUUCAAAGAUGGGCCAAUGUUCGCGAUACUCUUACAACGGACAAGUGGAAGAAAGAGAUCCUUGGGCUGGAUUGGAGCAAUUACAUACUGCAUGCUGAUUUCACGCCUUCUAUGGCCGAGUGGUGCAUCGAAGAGCUAAGGCACAAAGCGGACCUUUACCAAAAAACAGGCCUCAUUCCAGUUUUAGACCACGCUGCUUGUGUUAUUAAAUCCGACAAGCUCGUACCCGAAGCCCUAAACCAUGAACUCUCUAUCGGCAGCCAAAAAUUACUACAAGUCAUAUCUAAUGGCGAAAUAUCCCACGGUGGUUUCGCUUUUGAUUUGAUAGAUCCUUCCAUAUGCCCGCUCAUGUACAACCGCUCUCGAAUUCUUCCAGACCGACUUAUAGACCUCACCGACUGUCUAGAAGCUUGCGGUGGAGGGGAUACUCUUGCAAGCCUUUGGGAUCCGAAUAACGAUACAAGCUGCGAGGAUUUUGAUACCUCUUUUCAAUGGCUUCCAUGCAAUGUCAUUAUGGAUGAUGCCGGACACGCCAAGAUCAACAGUUAUAUCAACAACCUACACCCAAUAGAGCAUGCCGAUAUGUAUACUACCAUCGAAAAGUUCAUCACCCUGGCUCUACCAGCUUUAGAUAUUGUAUACAGAUGGCCGAAAGAGUUUUCACAUCAACGAAUAGGUGUUGAGGAUAUCCGUUAUGACUGUAAAACUCCGAAUAUUUGCGCCGGAGGAUGCAAUUGGUUGAACAUGCCUCUAUCUGCAAUGGAAGCGUAUCUUAAGAGAAAUAAGACCCACGAGGAGAGAGAAGCACUCAAGAAGGAACAAAAACCGGUAGCAGCCGAUACAAAGUCUGAGUCAGUUACGCUGCCUGAAUGCGAUGAAAAUCACCUGCUCAAUCUCAGAUUGGAACGCAACGAGGAAUAUUUGGACAAGUUCCUACGCGUCUGGAUCUUUGAAGGCAAUGAGAUGUGUCGAAACAUGCUAGACAGGCAUAGCGACCCCAUUUUCAAGUGGUUCAACGAGACUCAUCCUUUCCAGUUUCCUGAGCUAAGAUCAACAUCUUUCGAUAAGCAUGUUCGCUUAAAGUCAUCUGACGUUCGCUCGUCUGCUUUCUUUCUACGAAAAAAUAAGCAUCUUCAAUUCAUCGUUAAGCUGAGUGAAAUCCAUCUCACGCCGGAAAAUCCAGAGUACGCUGGAGAUUUGUGGGGUGUGGAUGGUUGGCGCAACGAGCAUAUCGUGUCUACAGCUUUUUUCUGCUACGAUAGCGACAACGUGACGGAUUGUCACAUCUACUUCGACACGGCCAUUUUAUCAGGGGAUUUAUAUACCGUGCCACACCCUGAAAGCGAUGACCUCCUGCGGGCGUUUAACCUACCACCAGCAGCCAGUUCCCAAGUCUUAGGCCGAGUCCUUGCCAGUCCUGGCAAGGCUGUUUUCUACCCCAACGUUUACAGACACCGCCAGGGGUCAUUUUCACUUGCGGACCGCUCUCGGCCGGGCCAUUACAAGGUUCUCAAGCUAUGUCUAGUUGAUCCCGCCCUCCCCAUCAUAUCGACAUCCAACGUUCCACCUCAGCAAUUUCACUGGUGGACUGAAUGCAAAGUCCACCGCGAGGGAGUACGACUUGCCCAAAGGCUACCGCCAGAGCUGCGAAAGAUUGUGUACGAUUACGUAGAUAUGCCUAUUGAUGGUAAAAGGGCGGAAGAUAUUCGACGCCAAUUCGCAAGUAAGAGAAUGGUAGCAGGGAUUCGCACACCUAUUGGCGGAACUGAUGAGGUAUCAGAUUUGAAUGGGUCUAAUAAUCAAUAA